UUUAUUUGAUAAAAAAUAUUUCUAUUUUAUAUAUCACCAUAUAUUAAAAUUUAUUUCCAAUUUUGAAAUUAUAAAUAAGGCCAAUUAGAUGAUUUUAAUUAUUUGUGGUACUUUACAAACAAAUAAAAUGAUAAAAACUAAAAGAUAAUAAUUUAAAAAAAUAAAUCAAUAUAUUUUAAAAUGGACUGACACGUGUCAGUUACGAAACAUAUUUUAGUUAUUUAUUAUGAGUUUAGGUAUGCAAUUCAAAUUACUAUUUAGUUUAUGAAUGUUUUGACACGUUAAUAUUGUUGGGGCAUUUAUUUUUUUGGCUUCGAGCAUAGAUAUUAGAUAAGCAGUUUUCCCACCGCAGGGCCCACAACUGUGAUUAAAGUGGACUGGCGAUCUAUUUCCCCACCGGAACUAUGGUGUCGCACUAUUUCUCCAUCAAACUAUUGUCUCGUUUCAUUUCCCCACCAAACGAAAGUUAAAUAUCUAUAUACCCACCAUAUCAAAGUUAAAUAUCUCUUUUCCCACCCGACCAAUUUCGAUGGUUAAAUGUCGAAACCCCAGUACCAAACCAUCAAACCUCCGUUAGUAAACCGAAGGAAAACCCAAAUAUUGUUAAACCGGACCUAUAUCUCGGUGAUAACCCGACACAACGGUCAAAAAUCCCAAAUCUAAAAAAUCCCAAAUUGAUAAGAACCCUAGAAAAAACUGUAUAAUGUGAAUCUCAGAGUUCUUCUUCUUCUUUUCUUAUUGUCGAGUGCUUUUUGCUUUUUGUUCUUAAUCUCUUCUCACUUUGUGUUAAUUUUCAGAUCUAAAGCCAUGAGUAACGUGUCUGGAGCUUCUAGUGGUUCGUCAAGUGGACGUUCUGGAGGCAGAGUGUUUGGUGUGCCGAGAAUUUGUCAUUGUGGGGUUCAAAUAAUGGAAUUGGUUUCUAAAUCCAGCAACAAUCCGUACCGGCGUUACUAUCGUUGCGGAUAUGCUGUAUCUAAGAAGCUCUCGAAUGACAACCACACUUUCAAGUGGGUCGAUGAGGCUUAUUUAGAUGAGAUAGAGGCAUUAAAAAUGAAAAAUGCUUCACUUGCGGCAAAACUGGAGACAGUUACAAUGGAGAGGAAUGAGUUUGAGAGAAUAGUGUUUGAGAAUGUGCAAAUGAAGCUUGAAAAGGAGAUUUUCGAGAGAGUUGAAGAGGCUUUGGUUGAAUCAUCUUCUACGAUGAAGAAAAUGAUGGUUGUUGUAGUUGUUUUGUGUAUGGUCAUGGUUGGGUUUAGUAAGCUCUUUGGUUGAAAAGGUUUAUAUAGGAAUGACCUUUGUUUUAGUAAUCUUAUGUUUUGUGUGUUUGAUCAUUGUGGUUUGUGUACAAGCUUCUAGUUGCAGUAACAAAGAUAAUAUGAAGUGCAAAACAAAGAUAGAUAAAUGUCAUUACAUUACAUGGAUCCAAGACCAUUAAGUUCAAAACCAAAGAUAUAUGUCAUUACAUAGCUGUCGAAAAUUAAGUUCAAAACAAAAGAUAAUAGAUGCCAUUACAUAUCAAAUCAUUCAAGCUUGAGAAACACUAGCUUGAGUGAGAGUUCCUUGUGAGGAUUCACCUGCAGUUUGAGAUGUGCUUACCGGUACCGAAUCAUCAUGCUUGCCC